UUCUUGGACAUUCCGAACAGCGGAGAGGCUGACUGAGUGCUCCAGAGGCUGGAGUGGAAUUUGCCUUAUUAGGAAUAGAUCAAGAUGUCCAAAUCAUUGAAGAAGAUAGUGGAGGAGAGCAGGGACAAAAACCUCAGUGAUGUGGACAUGUGUGAACGAGGCAUUUCUAACAUGCUGGAUGUUCCAGGCUUAUUUACCUUGUCUAAUAUAACACAGCUGAUCCUCAGUCACAACAAGCUUACAGCUGUUCCACCAAACAUUGCGGAUUUGAAAAAUCUUGAAGUCCUCAACUUCUUCAACAACCAGAUUGAAGAACUGCCAACGCAGAUUAGCAGCCUUCAGAAGCUGAAACACCUUAACCUGGGAAUGAACAGGCUAAACACAUUGCCGAGAGGAUUUGGCUCUUUACCUGCUCUAGAAGUCCUUGACUUGACCUACAACAACCUGAAUGAGAAUUCUUUGCCUGGAAACUUCUUUUAUCUAACCACCCUGCGUGCACUCUAUCUAAGUGACAACGAUUUUGAAAUCCUGCCGCCAGAUAUUGGGAAACUCACAAAGUUGCAGAUAAUUAGUCUCCGGGAUAAUGACCUAAUAGCGUUGCCUAAAGAAAUAGGGGAACUGACUCAGCUUAAAGAACUUCACAUACAGGGAAACCGGCUGACCGUCCUGCCCCCUGAACUCGGCAACCUGGAUCUCACUGGUCAAAAGCAGGUGUUUAAAGCUGAGAACAACCCCUGGGUCACGCCAAUAGCUGACCAGUUCCAACUCGGAGUGUCUCAUGUUUUUGAAUAUAUCCGUUCCGAGACCUACAAGUACCUUUACGGAAGACACAUGCAAGCCAACCCUGAACCCCCAAAAAAGAACAACGACAAGUCAAAAAAGAUAAGCCGGAAGCCGCUGGCCGCGAAGAAUAAAUAGAGCUCUGGGAGACACUGAUGCUUCGAGCCCAAGCCUUGCAUGUGAUUAAAUAUUUCUUUUAUUCCCCAUAAUAUUACAAGUCGGGGAAUUGUAACGAUUACACGGUUAAGCUUGCUCGGUGCUUUACUUAUUAUCUAUGCAUUGAAACAGCGAUGCUCACAACUACUCAGCAGCGACUGUUACCUUCUUAUGGUUUAUAAUGUAUACACCCACAGAAAUCAUAGAUUUUCUCAGCAUAUAUAUAGAUGUUGACUUAAUGUAUGAUUUUGUAAUAGUGUUUUAUUUUUAAAAUAUUGUGUACAAAAAAAUAUGUAUUUUAUUUAAUGAAAUCUGCCCUAAUAUUGCCAGUUAGAACAGUUCUAGAUGGUUAUUGACGCCAUCUUAAAAUCCAUUCAGUACUGUAAAAGCUUAUGUUUAUUACCCCAUUACUGUAAUAUCUUAUGUGUAUUUUGUAUUAUGUAUAAGAAAUUUCAGGCAUUUCGGGGGCCACAUUAUGUAAGGAAAGCAAAAGUUUCCAAAAAUAAAUGAAUAUACUUCACAUUUAUUACAAUCUCGGUCAAGCAUAAGUAUUACUGAUUGUACAGUCUUUACAUCUAAACACAUUCAAAUAGAAUUUUGUUUUUUUGUUUAAUUGUUUCCAUUAACAUGAUAUUAACAUUUUAGGUUGCAUGUAGAAUCCUUUUUUAAUUUUUACAUGUUUUAUAAAGUGACACAAGAAAUAAAUAUAAUUUGCCACCUG